UGGACUUUGCCCUGAAGGUGGUCCAGUGGUCAGAGUCGGAGACGGUGCGGCUUCAGCUCUGGGACAUUGCAGGGCAGGAACGCUUCACGUCCAUGACCCGGCUGUACUACAGGGAGGCGUCAGCCUGCGUCAUCAUGUUCGAUGUCACCAACGUCAGCACCUUCAGCAACAGCCAGAAGUGGAAGCAGGACUUGGACAGCAAGCUCACGCUGCCGGACGGGAGCCCUGUGCCGUGCCUGUUGCUGGCCAACAAGUGCGACCUUUCCCCGUGGGCAGUGACAAGAGAAGAAGUGGAUCGCUUCAGCAAAGAAAAUGGCUUUUCUGGUUGGGUGGAAACAUCCGUCAAGGAGAACAAGAACGUUAACGAGUCUAUGAGAGUCCUGAUUGAGAAGAUGAUGUCCUCAUCCACCGGAGAUGGAAGUUCUGCUGCUUCUUGGAGGGGGGAUUACAUUAACAUCAAAGAGACGUCCCCGCCGGGCUGGGCGUGCUGCUGAUGCUCUGCCUGCACCAUCUGCUUGUAUUUCCUACCCCUUUUUUUGUUUGUUUGUUUUUCACGUGAUAGUGAACUGUCCUCUCUUUAGUGCACAUUCAUACUCACUAAGCGUGGCUGCAAUGACUUGGAGGGAGGAGUGGAAGGAGUGAGAAAAGGAGCCCUCUUCCUUCCAGCACAGCAGCAAUGGGAAGCUCUGUGCUCAAGCAUGUGGCUGGGAUUCAUCUUGUAAAACACAGAGCACUUACCUUCAUCUUCUCACGUGUGGCAGCCUGUGUCACGCAGGGCGAAGGACAUGGAACGUGCAUUUUUAAUACUGUCCCACCUUUUAUUCCCCACAACCUGCACCUGCUCCACAGAGGCACCAUUCCGAAGUGCUGCACUGGGCUUGGUUUGAUGCACACGAAGUUGAAGCGUUCUCUCUGCUCCUGCGGGUUCCCGGGAUGGGAUUGCAGCAAACCCUUCACUCCGUGCUCUGGAACUUCCCACCUCUGGCACCGGAGACCAACGCAUCUCAGCAUUGUCACCCCCUGUCCUCGAGGUGUGGAUUUGAGGAGUCAUGUAGCACAGCCCUAAACCACGUGUGUACUGACUGUGGAGCUGAACAGCACAGACCCCAGCUUUGUCAAGCAUUGACCAGUUGCCUUCUGUUCCUUCACUGUUACUCACCCUCUGUCCAGCACAAUCCUAUGCGUUCUCUUCUGCUGCCGCUUUAUUAGAGCACAGAUUGCUGUAAGGAGGAAUAGGUUGUAAGCUCCUUUGUGUGACAGAACAACAGUUCUUUUCGCUUUUAGCCCACCCUGCGUCCUGCCAUCUCAAAUAGCUUUGCAAUUGCGGAUGAAUCGCCUCCCCACCGUUACUGUGCAGCGAUGAGUGACUUUGGUGGCAGGCAUGGUGCUGGAAGCACAGCUCUCUGAAAGCCCUCUGCUGGGUUUAGUGCUCCCAGGGGCAAGCAAAGGAGAAGACUUUGCAGGGCAAAAGGGAAUGAAGAGAGCUGCUCCCUGCUUGCCUUUUGUGCCUGCUUUUCCUGUUGUAUCCCCCAGGUAUGCACAGCUGUGAAUGGCUCGUGCCAACAACAGAUUGGUAAAAGCACAUGAGAGUUAUCUUGGAGGAGUUCAUAGGAAGGCCAGACUGCAAGGCUGCAGUUACGUAGCACUGUGUGCACUUCACAUAAGUGUGCUAGGCCAUAGAAUUGUCCUGCCUGUGUUGAGGUUAGGAUUUAAACAGGUCCUCUCCAGUAAUGUUUUCUCUUAACAGCUUACAUCUCUCAGUGUGCCAAGGGAUUGAAGGAGAGAAAAACUUUCCCUUAAAGCAUCCAUCAUCUGUGGAUGCAGAGUAGGAACAGGAACUGAUUCCCUUCACCAAGCACCAACAAAAAAGCUGAGCUUUUGCUACCUGGGGUUGAGAAAGAUAAGCUAUGAGUAAGGGCUACAAAAUCUAGGCCUAAUGUUGCAUUCCAAGUGUCUGGGAUAAGAUUCUGCUGUGCAAAUAUUGCCACGUUCAGUCUUAUUAGCACUUAAAUUUACCUUUCCAUGUGCCAUUGGGUUAACUGGAGAAACACAUGAAACAUGGAGAAGAGGUUAGGAGCGAAAUUGAACUGUCUUCUUGUAUUUUACUUCUUAAACAUGGUAGGGAAAAGAAAAAAACAUCCCAUAAAUCUUUUUAGUCCUCUAUGAAAUACAGGGAAAAAGGGUGUAAUUUUUAAAAGGAUCUGUCAUGAAGCUGUUAAGACUCGUGUGUUAUUUAUUGAUUGCUGUACGUGCUGUAGUUGAGCAAAGAGGCCAAGAGUUAGAGCUGCCUGCACAAGGGGCUGAGGCACACAGUGCAAGUCUGCCCAGGACCAACUACUGCAGCCACAAAAGCUUGGAGCUGAGCAGGAACUGCACAGCCCUGCUUUCCAUGGCCUGCCAGCGGGCUGUGCAUCUUGCAGGAAAGCAUCUCAUACCUUCUGUGUAUCAGUUGGAUGUGUACCAGUGCCUCUGGAGUGACUGGACCUCUGAAUUUUCCCUAAGUGCCUCUCAGAAAGAAGAAAAAGCCAAAGGAAGAUCUUUUCUGAUUUUCUUAUGUUAUACGUGAUUUCUGGUCCGCUCAGUGGUUUCUGGUACUGGUGCAUACCUUGGUGUCUGGCUGGCUGGUUAGUUUUCCUGCACCACUGACUGCUUGUUAACAUCUUAAUACACACAGUGAGCCAGUGUCCGAAACCAGCUCUGCACAACAGAAGCAACUGUCACUUGAGAUCACUGUAAGAACCCAAGCAGGCAGGAAAAUGAUUUUACCGCACAGAUGUGUGCUCAGGGUUUGCUCUGUGGCACAGGAGGUACUGCUUGUUGAGUCCUGUAAAACAACUGGGUCCCAGAGCCCCAUCGAAGCCUGCAAAGAGAAUGGCUGCCUGUGAAACUGAUCGUGCCCACCUUGUGCUGCUUGAAAUGAUUCUAGUUUCUAAAACAACUGAAAAGCGAAUUUGAGCGGAGCUACGUUUCUAAGAAAUAUUUUAAACAGUUAAGUCUUGUUCAGGCAGAACGAUAAGAACUUCAUCUUUCAGAUGGGCAUCAGAAAAGCCUCACCUUCAUUCUGACAAGUGGUGCUUCACGGUGUCUUUGUUGAGAAAAACCUGUUCUGAAAAUGACCCUUGGAUUCUCCUUUCUGCAGUGCCUGCUUUGACGUUGUAUUCUGUGUGAUUCUGGGCAAGCCGUACCUAUUUCAUUCUGUUCCACGUGUUUCUCGUUGCUGUAACUCUUUAAAUUGUGGUCACGGGACUCAAAAAGACAUUUAGUUAUGUAUUUAAUAUGUCGAUGACAGCAAUCUGUGGGUCCACGUAGAAAUUUUUACUGAAAUAGAAUCAGAAAUAAUGAGGUCAGAAUUGAGUUUUUUUAAAAACAGCUUGAGGUUAUGCACAAGGAUUUGAGAGGCAGGGUUCUCGUUACAGUAAGGCUGCAGUAUUAUCACGUUUCUACAAAGAGAAGAAACUGCUGGGAGGUUUUCUCCCUAUCAAUCCGUAACUGAGUGCAGUAUUGCAAAAGUCUGAAAUAAAGGAAGUUUGACAUUG